UCAAAAUGGAAGUCCCUUUCCGCCAUUAACCUAUAAAGAAAUCAAAUUCAUCGUUCUUCGGUUGCUUAUACCCUGACACAAUCAAUCAAUCAUCAUCAUCGUCGUCGUCGUCGUAGCUCCUUUCUCUUACGCUUCGCAUAUUCCAUCUCCCUAAUUCUGAUUAUUCGCCAGGUUUCUUAUUCAGGGGGGGCAAAGAGAUGAGAUCCAUGACUGAAACGGUACCGUCUGGAUCCGCAUCCGACGAGGAUUCAAAUGUUCAUAUGAACUACGCUCUUGUUUCUGCACUUGUUGCCUUUGCGGUUGCCCAAGCCAUUAAGGUCUUCACCACCUGGUAUAAAGAAAAACGAUGGGAUCUUAAGCAGCUUGUGGGAUCUGGUGGCAUGCCAUCAUCACAUUCAGCAACUGUGACUGCUCUUGCUGCUGCUGUUGGUUUUCAAGAUGGUAUAGGUGGCACUACAUUUGCAAUUGCUCUCAUAUUAGCUUGUGUUGUAAUGUAUGAUGCAAGUGGUGUCCGAUUGCAUGCUGGACGCCAAGCAGAGCUUCUGAAUCAAAUAGUAUAUGAGCUUCCUGCUGAACAUCCCUUAGCUGAUAGCAGACCACUUCGUGAACUUCUUGGCCACACUCCUCCUCAGGUUGCAGCUGGUGCAUUGCUGGGGUUCUUUACAGCAGCAAUUGUUCACUUAAUCACUCAAGCUGCUACUAUGGCUUGACAGUUGACACUGAUCUAUUAUUAGUGUCAUGGUUGUCUUGUUUGUCUAUCAUAACAUGCGCAUCCAUGACAUGACCAUUUUUAAAUACCAAAAAGACAAACGUACUUUCAGUCAUACGUCAAUUCCACAAAUAACACAUUAUCAUACAGUUUGACAAAUAUUUGUUUCAUCAUUGACAAAAAAAAAGUGUCAAAAAUGAUUAUUAUGUUUGUCGGUUAAUAAUACACUGUUAAAUUGGCGAAUUUACUAGAAUACAGUACGUUGUCCUUUUGGAAAUUAAACCUAAUGCCUUCAUUCUUUAAGUCCAUUCUUUUUCAUGUAUAUUUAGCUCUGGU